CUCCCCCUUUUAAAAACCUCACCCAAAGGGAAGCCACAGAGACGGGAGAGAAACAAAACAGACACCCCCAGAAAAUCAGAGAGAAAAUCCUUCAGAUUUUACGGUUCGUUAAUCGAAAUGGCGUGUUAUGUGGACGAAGACGAGGUCUGGAAAUGUCUUAAACACCCCUCCAAGCGCCGCCGGAGCGGGAUAUGUCCAGUUUGUCUUCGGGACCGGCUCUCCGCGCUCUGCCCCGAGUGCGCCAACGCUCGGCCCUGCGCGUGCUGCGCAAACGCUGUGACUACGUCGUCUUCGUCCUCCUCCUCGUCCUCCUUCUCUCGCUUUUCGUCCGACGGCGUCGGAGCCGUCGGGAGAGUCUCCAAUCUGAUCGAAAGCGAACCAGCGUUCCGGAGGUCCAGAUCGCUCGCUAUUCCUUUCCUCCGGUCCCGGUCACGGUUUGUUGGCACCGAAAACGAACUGAAAGAACCGUUGCCGUCGCUGGCUCCGAGCAAGGGCAAAUCGACUCCGUUUUGGGCGGUGUUCAGGUCGCACAAGAGCAAGAAGGUUGAGACGAGCGAAGAAGAGGACGAGGACGUGAGAGCGAGGAGGGCGAUGAUGCUGAGGUCAAGAUCCGUCGCCGUUUCGGUGACGUCAGAUUCCGGUUCCGGCAUCGGAGAUAAAAGAGCAAAGGGAAGAAGUUGGUAUUUCCCGAGUCCGAUAAAGGCUCUCCGACAGUCAAAGAUUGCGAAGGUGGUUCAGGAACGGUCUCCUUUGUACAGAGGUUGAAUUUUUUUUUUCUUUGUAGAAAUAAAAAAUUAAUGAAUAAUAUUAAAAUAAUAUUUCAGCAUAUUCUAAUCUUUAUUAAUUAACAUAAAAAAAGAAAGUUAGACUAAUGUUUUUUUUUUCUUUUCUUGACUCUUUCUUAUUUUUGUGGGUUUGGGAAGGAAUUGUAAUGGCACAUCUUUGAGUUGCAAUGAUUUGAUUUUGUAGUUAUGGUAACAAGAUUAAUGGAAAUUUGGGUUUAUGUAA